AAAUUUAUUAAAUGCCCAAAGACGCUAGAGGAAAAAAUAGGAAAUGGGGAAAUCAUAAGGAUAGAUAAUUCUAAUAAGUCAAUGAGGGUGAAUUGAUCGAAUAAUUGAAAAAUCAACCCUAAGAAGAUGAAGAAGAUGAUGAGGAAGUUUAAUAAUAACAAUAAGAAGAUCAACCUUAAAAAGUUUAAUAAUAAGAAGAUCAACCUUAAAAAGUAGAAUAAAAAGAAGAAAAAAAGAAGAAAAACAAAAUGUAAACUUAAUUUUAACAUAAUUAGAAGAGUGACUGCUGAAGGAGUUCCAAAACCAAAAAAAUAAAAGAGAAAUCUUGAUAUGCCAGAAUCAGAUGAAGAAGACGAGUCACAAUAUUAUUGAUGUAAUAUAUAGAAGAUUAAUAUUAUACAUAAUUAAAUUGCCAC